UGACGUAAUCCUGUCUGCAUCCAAGCCCCGCCCCAAUAGACAAAAUGCUAUUUGGAUCUUCGGGACGUCCCUACCCUAAAUCCUAACCCUAACUCCUACCCUUACCUGACCCCAACCUUAACCAUAUCAAUAUCCAUAACCCUUACCUAACCCUAACCUUAAUCCUUGCAUUAACCUAUUUAAAUGUAAACUUCAAUGGGGGGGUAGGGACGUCCCAAGGAUCCCAGAUAGCAUUGACCCCCCCCCAAUAGGAGCUCAGCUGACUUGGACUUGAAUGAGGUGGUGAGCUCAGAAGCCCAGCAGACAGACUGAUACAAAGUAGCACAAGCUGUCUGUUCACUAACAUCAGGGAUACUGGAGUACCGACGGCAGGCUGCGGUCCGGGUAGGGGGAGGGGGAGGACGAAGGCAACUGAGACCCUAGACAACUGACUUCCACCCGCAGAAGACUUUACCGAGAAAUAAAAUAUCGUAUGUUUUUUUGGUGAUUCCUGCCCCGCCGCGCGCAUGAAAAGUGAACUGGAUAGAUACUCGAGCCGUUUUUCGUUUAGAUUUCCAGAUGUAAAUGUUCAACUUCAUGGGUCUAAUAAACGGUACAGCGGCCAUACAGACCAAUGUAUCCUGUACAUGUAACUGCAAACGCUCGACUUCAUUCCAAAGCAUGGAGAUCACCCAGUUGGAGUUUGUGCAGAUCCUGGUGAUCGUUGUGGUGAUGAUGGUGAUGGUGGUAGUGAUCACCUGCCUGCUCAACCACUACCGCCUGUCGGAACGCUCCUUCAUGUCCAGGGACAGCCAGGCCCGCAGGCGCCACCUACCACUGCCCUCUGACGGGAGUCUGUGGUCCUCAGAUGGCCCAGGGCACACCAGUGGAAUGAGCGAGCAGCAGGUGUACACCACGCGUCCCCCGGACCGCAUCCCCUCCUAUCUGCAGAGGGAGCGUCUGGCCCGCUUCCAGCCCACCUACCCCUACCUGCCCCACCCCAUCAUUGACCUGCCGCCCACCAUCUCGCUGUCGGACGGCGAAGAGCCUCCGCCCUACCAGGGCCCCUGCACUCUGCAGCUCCGCGACCCCGAGCAGCAGAUGGAGCUUAACAGGGAGUCGGUGCGCGCGCCCCCCAACCGCACAGUCUACGACAGCCACCUCCUCGACACCUCCCUGUGCCCACCGCCCAGCCUCAACCCCGGGGUCAGCACUACCACGGUAGCCACGGCUGCCCAGGCCUACUCCAGCCGAGUGGAAGGGGCACCGCCAACUUAUAGCGAGGUGAUAGGGCACUACUACCACCCCUCUUCACUACCCAGGCACCACCACCAGACUUCCAGUGGCGGCAGGGGCACGGGGCGUGGAGUCGGGUUAGGAGGCCCGGGUACCUCGUCGCCGUCCUUGCUACUCCACGGGAUUCUCAAGCAGGCCCACCUGGGCAGCCUGGAGAGCAGGAAUGUGAGCAACAAAAAGGAGAAGCAGACGCCCGAACAGGUGUGACGACAGUGUUGGUCUCGGGCGUUGUUUCCGAGGCUGCUUUCUCCUUCUCGGCGCACUUUAGCUGAACUGUUGGUGGCAAGCAGGGUUGGAGAGGGCGACAUGCAGUGGCAGGGGGGGGGGGGCAGGCGCACAAAGACAAAGGACUGCACUCCCCUCUUAACUUUACCCACGGUCACCGUCUUACUGAAACCCGUCACUCCUUAACUUACGUUGUAUAAAUAUUUACUUGUUUUUUUUCCUUGCUUUCAGCUUUUUUUCUGUACUGGCAAAUGCAAAAACAACAAAACAAAACAAUAUUCUCUCCAAGUAAUUAGGUUUAUUUUGUUUUUGUGUCCCUUUGCAUUGGGCUUCACAACAAACUGCAUCAUUUUCUAGUUACUUAUCUCCUCGUAGUUUAUCCUUAGUUCCUCCAGGGUCUUUCAGAAUGACCAGGACUUCCUUUUUUUGAGAUGCAGAUGGUUAUUUUAGUGAGCCUCCCCCUAACCCCUUUCUGGCUUUGAAUACUGUCUGUGUACCUGGCUUGUACAGGGAGGGCCUUGAUAGCACUCUUGUAACAGGUUGACAGGUUCAGGCUCUCACGGGUUCCAAGAUUUAGAUUCAUACGUUAGCCCGAGUUAGCCUCUCAGCUCAUGACCCAGUUAGCCUCACUGCCAGACAGAUCCCCGUCGCUCCUCAUCAAUCCGCAUCAGAGGGUGCGGUGGUCAACGUUGGCAUCUAUGGAAACACGUGAUUGACAGCUGACUGGGUUUGUGAUGUCAGGCCAUGUGUGUCAACAUGAGUACUGGAUUAGAGUCCUGAGUCUGGGUCAAUUGAGUUCAGCACUGUGCCCACUGAAGUGAUAUAUAUCCAUCGUACUAUCUGGACCCAUCUGAGGUUAGUACUGUACUUUAGUUCUUUGUCUAUUUGAGUUUAGUACUGUCUGUGUGUCUUUGGCCAGAGAAGUUCAGGAGUUCCUCUGUGCAAAUACUCUUCUUGUUUUUUUAUUAUUAUCUUUUUUAAAGAGAUGUUUGCACAAGAUUCAAGACUGUUGAUCUGGAGAAAAAUAAAAUCAAUCUGCAAUAUGUAUCAUAAGAGAGGAGAGCGGCGGUAUUUUUGUAAACAAAUGGAUUCUAAAGAUAAAAAUACGUUUUUUUUUUAUGUUUUGUCUCCUCUAGAAGAAAAGGUAAAAACGGUAAUCUGUUGGUGUGCCAACUCAAACGUGUUUAACAUUGUGCUAUCUAUACAUAUACAAAUUAUUGGCACCCUGAUAAAGAUAAGCAAAAAAAGACUGUAUAAAAUAAAUAAUACAAUAAUUAUUUAUUGUAUGCAACAACAAAAAAAGAUUAUUAAGUUAUUUUAUACUAAUACAAUUGCUCAGAGAAAGAGAUUUUGUUUAACAAGUACUUUUUGGCACCCUACAGAUUCUUAGAAGUAAAAACAAACAACAUUUUAUCUGUAAUAUCAUUCUACUUUUUAAAAUGAAUCUCAGUUUAAGGAACUUUAUUAUGGCCUUCCAUGAAUUCCUGUUUCACCGGGGUAUAAAAAUGAGGUAACAUGCAUGUAAAAUCCCUUUGUCAUCUAUCACCAUGGGGAAAGGCAAAGAACUCACAAAUGAAAAGAGACAAAUGGUUGUUGACCUUCAUAAAUCAGGCAAUGGGUACAAAAGAAUAAGCACACAAAAAACAAAUAUACCACUUACCACUAUUAGGGAAACAAUUAAGGAGUUUAAAACCACUGGAGCAAUGGUCAACUUGCCUGGUAUUGGAUGCAUGUGUAUCUUGUCCCCAUGCACAGUGAGGAAGAUGGCUUAGGAGGCAGUGAACAAUCUAAAGGCCAAAAUUGGAGAAUUACAAAACUUGGUCGCAUCUACGAUUAUACGCCACUUCCAUGCCAAUAUGUCUUUGGGAAGGGUUGCUAGAAAAAAAGGCUUUAUUGAAAGCAAUCGACAAAUGUAAACGCCUGGAAUUUUCUAAAUGGCAUUGGCACAGAUUGGUACCUGUGCUAUGGUCAGAUGACAUGAAAAUAGAACUCUUUGGCCAUGCACACCAGUGGUGGUUUGGCAUUGAGAGAAGGAUGCAUAUACAGGAAAUAACCUCAUUCCUACUGUAAUAUAUGGUGGUGGGCCUUUGACGUUAACUUGGCCGCAAGUGGACAUUCAAGCAAGACAAUAACCCCAAGCACACAUCAAAAUCCACAGAGAAGUAGUUAAUUGACCAGAAAAUCAACAUUUUACAAUGGAAAUAAAAGUGUCCGGACUUGAACCCCAUUGAAAACCUAUGGUUUGAAUAAGAGGGCAGUCCAUAAGCGCAGGCAAGAUAUAUCAAGGAUCUGUAAAGAUUCUGUAUGGAGGAAUGGUCUAAGAUCCCUCCCAAUGUGUUCUCCAAUCUCAUAAAACAGGGGUGAAAAUAAUUUUGCCACCUAUCUUGCAUCUCUGAGCUAUUGUAUUAGUAUAAAAUAAUGUAAUUUCCCAACUUUUUGGUAGCAUACAAUAUAGCGCAGUAUUUGCAGUAUUUAUUUUAGUAAGGUUUUUGCUCAUCUUUAUCAAAUGUGCCAAUCAUUUUAGACAUGACUAUAUAUGUAUCAAUGUAUGUGUGUGUGUGUGUUCUAUAAACAGUACCAGUCAAAAGUUUGGACACACCUACUCAUUCAAAGGUUUUUCUUUAUUUUUUACUAUUUUCUACAUCGUAGAAUAAUAGUGAAGACAUCAAAACUAUGAAAUAACAGAUAUGGAAUCAUGUAGUAACCCAAAAAGUGUUAAAGAAAACUACAUAUGUUUUAUAUUUGAGAUUCUUCAAAGUAGCCGACCUUUGCCUUGAUGACAGCUUUGCACACUCUUGGCAUUCUCUGAACCAGCUUCAUGAGGUAGUCUCCUGGAAUGCAUUUUAAUUAACAGGUGUGCCUUGUUAAAAGUUAAUUUGUGGAAUUUCUUUCCUUAAUGCGUUUGAGCCUAUCAGUUGUGUUGUGCCAAGGUAGGGGUGGUGUGCAGUCGCAGAAACCAUCAAGCGCUAUGAUGAAACUGCCUCUCAUUAGGACCGCCGCAGGAAAGAAGACCCAGAGUUAGCUCUGCUGCAGAGGAUAAGUUCAUUAGAGUUACCAGCCUCAGAAAUUGCAGCCCAAAUAAAUGCUUCACAGAGUUCAAGUAACAGACACAUCUCAACAUCAACUGUUCAGAGGAGACUGUGUGAAUCAGGCCUUCAUGGUCGAUUGCUGCAAUUAAACCACCACUAAAAGACACCAAUAAUAAGAAGAGACUUGCUUGGACCAAGAAACACGAACAAUAGGCAUUAGGUGGAAAUCUGUCCUUUGGUCUGAUGAGUUGAAAUUUGAGAUUUUUGGUUCCAACAGCCGUGUCUUUGUGAGACGCAGAGUAGGUGAACAGAUUAUCUCCGUGUGUGUGGUUCCCACUGUGAAGCAUGGAGGAGGAGGUGUGAUGGUGUAGGGGUUCUUUGCUGGUGACACUGUCAGUAGUGUAUUUAGAAUUCAAGGCACACUUAACCAGCAUGGCUACCACAGCAUUCUGCAGUGAUACGCCACCCCAUCUGGUUUGCACUUAGUGGGACUAUCAUUUGUUUUUCAACAGGACAAUGACCCACCACACCUCCAGGCUGUGUAAGGGCUAUUUGACCAAGAAGGAGAGUGAUGGAGUGCUGUAUCAGAUGACCACAAUCACCCACCCCCAACCCAAUUGAGAUGGUUUGGGAUGAGUUGGACCGCAGAGUGAAGGAAAAGCAGCCAACUAGUGCUCACCAUAUGUGGGAACUCCUUCAAGACUGUUGGAAAAGCAUUCCAGGUGAAGCUGAUUGAGAGAAUGCAAAGCGUGUGCAAAGCUGUCAUCAAGGUGUAACUACUUUGAAGAAUCUAAAAUAUAUUUAGAUUUCUUGUAACACUUUUUUGCUUUCUAAAUGACUCCAUAUGUGUUAUUUCAUAGUUUUGAAGUCUUCACUAGUAUUCCACAAUGUAGAAAAUAUUAAAAAUAAAGAAAAACCCUUCAAUGAGUAGGUGUGUCCAAACUUUUGACUGGUACUGUGUGUAUACAGUUGAAGUCGGAAGUUUACAUACACUUAGGUUGGAGUCAUUAAAACUUGUUUUUCAACCACUCCACAAGUUUCUUGUUAACAAACUAUAGUUUUGGCAAGUUGGUUAGAACAUCUACUUUGUGCAUGACACAAGUAAUUUGACCAACAAUUGUUUACAGACAGAUUAUUUCACUUAUAAUUCAAGUCUGGUUCAUCCUUUGGAGCAAUUUCCAAAUGCCUGAAGGUACCACGUUCAUCUGUACAAACAAUAGUACGCAAGUAUAAACACCAUGGGACCACGCAGCCGUCACACUGCUCAGAAAGGAGACGCGUUCUGUCUCUUAGAGAUGAACGUACUUUGGUGUGAAAAGUGCAAAUCAAUCCCAGAACAACAGCAAAGGACCUUGUGAAGAUGCUGGAGGAAACAGGUACAAAAGUAUCUAUAUCCACAGUAAAACGAGCACUAUAUCGACAUAACCUGAAAGGCCGCUCAGCAAGGAAGAAGCCACUGCUCCAAAACCGUCAUAAACAAGCCAGACUACGGUUUGCAACAGCACAUCGGGCCAAAGAUCAUACUUUUUGGAGAAAUGUCCUCUGGUCUGCUGAAACAAAAAUAGAACUGUUUGGCCAUAAUGACCAUUGUUAUGUUUGGAGGAAAAAGGGGGACACUUGCAAGCCGAAGAACACCAAGGUGUUUAAAGGCACAGUCAAUUUAGUGUAUGUAAACUUCUGACCCACUGGAAUUGUGAUACAGUGAAUUAUAAGUGAAAUAAUCUGUCUGAAAACAAUUGUUGGAAAAAUUACUUGUGUCAUGCACAAAGUAGAUGUCCUAACCAACUUGCCAAAACUAUAGGUUGUUAACAAGAAAUUUGUGGAGUGGUUGAAAAACAAGUUUUAAUGACUCCAACCAAAGUGUAUGCAAACUUCCGACUUCAACUAUAUAUAUAUAUGUAUUUGUAUGUGUAUAUGUGUAUAUAUAUAUCUAUGUGUGUAUAUAUAUGCGUGUAUAUAUGUGUAUAUAUAUAUUUACACAUAUAUGGAAACAAAUAAACUAACUUAAAAAUGGCAAUUUUAGAGUUAUUUAUAUAGCCUAAUUGUUCAAAGGAAUUGCACUAUUUUUUAUUAUAAUGAAAUGGAACGAGAAAUAAAAAUUCACCUCUAUUGUCAAGGAAACGUGGGGCCUCAUUUAUAACCGUUGCGCAUAUUUUACUCUGAAUAGCUGCGUGCUCUAUUUCUGAAAAAAUAAAUGAAAAUGAUACACUUGGAGCACGCCAUACAUGUGCAUGUUUUCCAUUAAAAAUCUGACCUGUCGGAAAAAAAACUGUGCACAUGUGAACGAGCAUUAUAACUGUGCCUGAAUAACACUCAUCAUUCACCUUUUAUCGUGACAAUAAUAGCCUUAUUUGCUGUAUAAUUUGGUAGUAUUGAAAUUAGGCCAAUACAUUAUAUCUAAAGGAAAUCUACAUUUGUGAACUUGAUCAAAUGUCUUUGGAGGUGUUGUCAAAAUGUCUUUUUUUUUCAGUGACAUUUGCUGUUUGACCAUUUCUGAACCACAAAAACAAUUGCAAAUUGUUGUGGACUUGUAAACAGAUUGUUUUUAUUCAAUAAUGUUUCGCAUUUACUUUCGCACGAACCUACAUGUGAUGCACUGUCCACGAAUUCGGAAAAACAUUUAAAUUACAGUAGGUCUACUUACAGUGGUAGCCUACACACUUCAAUGCAAAAGAUCAACUGUCUGUGCACCUGUUAAAUUCUACUGUAUGUUAUAAACUGCGCUCCAUUUCGGCUGCAUUGAGCAAAAACGUAUACAAAAAUGAAAUUAUAAUAGCCUUUCUAAUAGGCCCAAUUAAAUGAGAGAUGUACUUAUCUUUUUACUAUUAUGAAGUGGUCCAAUUAAAUGAGAGAUGGGACGAAUGGUAGCCCAUCCUAUCUUGUUGUAGACCUAUAGGCUAUUUCGCUAGUAUGAAACCAUCACAGUCAGAAAAGGUGAGGAAUUUAUUCUGCGAUUAUCAUGGAAACUAAAUGAAUAAUCGGAAAUAGAUUUCAAAUUAUUUUAGAAUGCAAAGAUGAAGAAAAAUUGAAUUUUGCUCUUCUCACUAACAGCAAAUGAUUGCAUCUUAUUAUUAUAUUUACCUACCUGUUUUUUUGUUAUGAAUAAGUCAUUAUAUAUUCCCAAUUUGCACAAGGCUACUAGGGUACAUUUGCCUUCUUGCAAUGCAAUACUUCAACCACUAAAAACUGUGCUUACCCAUGGUCUAGAGUUUGUGGGAGAAUAAGCAUAUUCAAUUGUUAAGGUCAGUUUUUAUGAAUGCCAACUUUUGCGUGAAAACUGGCGCAUGCACAUUUUGUACACGCACAAUGUUUGUAAAUGAGGUUCCUGGAGGUUUGUGUACAUGUGUGAUCAUGAAUGACAGAGCCAUCAUACCUUUAAACUCCAGUUCGAGUCCUUUAUCUGCAGAGAGCCCAGAUGGUCUGACCAGAAGUAGGGUGAAAUUGCCCCAAGACGCUGAGGGAGAGAGGUAGUGAGGAUAGGAAAAGAAAGGGAGAGGGAGAGAGAUUAGCAGGCAACUGUACGCUGGACACAUCCGCCUACUGUCUGGGCUUCUCUCCAACAGGCAUCUCUUAGCACUUGAAUUAAGAAGGAGAGAGACACAAUCUCCCUCUGUCAGCAUUGGUCGCACUUCUCUAUUGACGUGAUUCAACUUCUUCGUCCGAGGCAAGACUCAAACUGCAAGGUGUCCCAACUGAAGCUGGUAUCACAGCAAAGAAGAGAGAGGGAGGGAAGAGAGGACAGAGGUCGACAGGAAAAAAACACCAGACAAGGCUGUCCGCUCGCCCCUCUCGCUUUCUUCCCAUCGGCCCUGCUUAAUUUAUUUUGUACUGUAUCUUUACAUUCAAUUUGAGGACAAAUACCUAAAUCAAAAGAAAAAUGUCUGACCCCUCAUAAGCAAGCAGCUAAAGGAUUGAUCUAAGAGGCGUGGCUCUUUGACUUCUCACCCCUGGUGACAUCUCAUGAUGCAGUUUGAUGACUUCAGAGGGGAGCUUGUGUAGGUUUCCUGGUUGGAUUCCAGUCUUUUCUUCAGGGAAACCAGUGCUGACUGAUAACUAUGCAGGCAGGAUGGGGAUUGACCCAUUAGAAACGAAGAAGGAGGACCCACUAUUGGCAUACCAAACCAUACUGCUUUGUAAUCUUGACAUAACACUUGGCAUUAUGCCCGUCGUAACAUUGCAUGACUGUUCAUUAACAACAACCUUUUUUCGGGACUUGAAAUGAAAUGUCAUGGAUAAUGACGACAGACGUUAAGGAAUGUUAAUGAAAACAACAUAAUGUGGGUAUCAUGUCAAGUUGCAUCAAGUAAAGAGCAAUUUUUUCCUCAGAACUUAACUUUUCAACAUAUCUGCUAAUACAAUGUACUUCAUAGAGAAAUUUAAGUCAUUGCGAGAUCCAAUGUUUUUCAUUCUCCCAUAAGAUGUUUGUUUGUGUUGGUAAUGUACGCUGCCUUGCCCCGCUAAUGAACUGUACCCUCUAGACCGGGUGCUCAGAUGAAAGCAAACCAGAACCACUCAGACAAAACAGAUAAUCCCAAAGAUUUCAAAUGGUGUGCCUUUAGGGUUGACUCGAUCACCCCCGUUCCCUGUCUGUAAUGAGCUCUUCCUGUUCCAUAGAGAUGCCUGUGUUCAAUGAGGGAGUCCCACACAGACCCGCUUGUGCUGCCAUAGGCUGGCUGUCGGUCCCAUUGAAAAUGUUCGGUGUUUGUGUGCCUGCCUGUGCUGACAGAUUGGGCUCCGUCUGUACUAUCAAUCUGCCUAGACUGGCCCUAGACUGACUCACAUAUUGAGAGAGACUUAUAGUUGAUGAUAACAAUCAUGAUAAUGUUGAUAGAGGUGUCAAGGAGAGCGUUGCAAUAUACCUAAUCUUUGCCUUUUGAUAAUGUAGUUGUUGUUUAACUUGGAGAAAUGUAAUGAUUGUUUUCUAUGUUGUUGUAAAAAAAAAAAUAUAUAUUAUACAUUUUGCUCCAAUUCAUUGUACAUGUGUAUGAGGGUUUUGCUGUAUAACUCGCAAAUGAAUAACAGAACAUGUAUUCCAUGGUGUGACCACCAGGUGUCUUCCCAAGCAAUACUGUCUACCAUAUUGAGUCAGGCUUUGGAGACAAUUGCCCAAACUAGGUUGGGCAUCACUUUGUUUCAAUGUAUCCAGGACCACAAGUUUCUGCACUUAAGUCAAACUGGUAGAGUUGAUGGGAAGUACUAUUAGGUGAUCGAUCAGGUGCCAGAAUGAUGCCUUUGCUACUAUUCACCCUUGCGUUGUCGUCAACAUGCUCUGUAGUUUUUAAUGUGGAAAAUGUUCCUCUAGCUUUUGGGGGUGCCAUUUUGAAAAUGAGUACGAGGAGAAACCAGACGGGGUCAGGUGUAGAGGCAUCACCCUGGGUAAGAACUUUCUUUACCUUCCUCCACCCUUCCAACUACAGUCUCCUUGACCAGUGUGAAUAGUACGGUGUCCAUAAUAGGACAGCAGCGAUUGAGGCUGUCCUAAUAUUGACACUGUAGAGUGGACCUGACUGGGUUCAAAUCUGCCAUAUUACCCAAUGGUCUACAUAUCCAAAUCACGAUAGAUUCCCUUCUCCACCACAUGCUCAGUUCUAGAUGUGUGCCUUCUGUGGUUGAGACAUUUUUUGUCGUGCGUUAUAGUGCCAUUUUUCUGGCUGUGGAUUCUUUUGCUUUUUCACAUGAAACAAAUCGCCCUUCUUAUUUGCAAUACCAAAAAAAAUACAAUAAAGAAUUGUCUCCCUGUUCUAUCAUAAGAUGAUCAUUUCCAACUCCACUGCAUACAUACCGAUAAGAGUAAAUGUCAAACUUGAAGCACUAAAGUAAACCAAAAGGGAGAAGCGUGGGAUGGACAGGUUCCUAUGGGCACAGCUCUAUGAAUAUACAGUAGAACAUAGCAAACAGAACUUGUACUAGUAUACAAUACAUGUCCCUCUACUGCAUUAUUUAAAAAAAAAAUGUACUUAAUCAUCUGUUUUAGAUUGUUAUUUGCAUUAUUUCUUUCAAUAAGUUACUGUUGAGGGUUUCAGUGUGAAAAAAAAGGCAUUUUCAAAGAAGGAAUAAACCUAACCAGAAUCUUUUGGACUGGGCUCUUUUCCUUUGUUUUGACAGUUAACUGUUCUGUUGCUUUGUUUGUUUCGCCCUUCAAAUCAGUGUUACUUUGCGACUUUAAAAAAUAGAAAUACUUUUUUUUUUUACACGAGUGAUGAUUGUUUUUUUUUUUUUACAUAAGGUUGCAGUUUAAGCAUAUUUAUAAAACUCUUAAGCAACUUAUUAACUGUACAGAAAAAUGGACGAUCCUGGUGCUUGUUUUGUUAUGACGCUUUGUGUACUGAUGAAGAGGUAAUACUGUCAAUAUAAAAUCAGUUCUAUUCUAUAACAAGCUCCAUGCCGAGAUGUAUUGCAGUAAAUAUAUAGGUCCUACAAUUGUCGACAAUAAUUGCUUACGUGUAUCAACAUUGUUUAUUUUAAUAUACAGUACCAGUCAAAAGUUUGAACACACCUUCUUAUUCCAGGGUUUUCCUUUAUUUUUUACUAUUUUCUACAUUGUAGAAUAAUAGUGAAGACAUCAAAACUAUGAAAUAACACAUAUGGAAUCAUGUAGGAACCAAAAAAGUGUUAAACAAAUCAAAAUAUAUUUUAUAUUUGAGAUUCUUCAAAGUAGCCACCCUUUGCCUUGAUGAGAACUUUGCACACUCUUGGCAUUCUCUCAACCAGCUUCAUAAGGUUGUCAUUUCAAUUAACAGGUGUCCCUUGUUAAAACUGAAUUUGUGGAAUUUAUUUCCUUCUUUCAGCUAAUCAAUUGCGUUGUGACAAGGGAGGGGUGGUAUCCAGAAGAUAGGCCAAUUUGGUAAAAGACUAAGUCCAUCAUUACUUUAAGACAUGAAGGUCAGUCAAUCUGGAAAAUGUCAAUAACUUUUUGCUGCUAAGAAACCACUAUUAAAGGACACCAAUAAUAAGAAGAGACUUGCUUGGGCCAAGAAACAUGAGCAAUGAACAUUAGACCGGUCUUUGGUCUGAUGAGUCCAAAUUUGAGAUUUUUGGUUCCAACCGCUGUGUCUUUGUGAGAUGCACAGUAGGUGAACGGAAGAUCUCCGCAUGUGUGAUUCCCAGGUGAAGCAUGGAGGAGGAGGUGUGAUGGUGUAGGGGUUCUUUGCUGGUGACACUGUAAAUUAUUUAUUUAGAAUUCAAGGCACACGUAACCAGCAUGGCUACUACAGCAUUAUGCAGCGAUAUGCCAUCCCAUCUGGGUUGUGCUUAGUGGGACUAUCAUUUGUUUUUCAACAGGACAAUGAACCACCACACCUCCAGGCUGUGUAAGGGCUAUUUGACCAAGAAGGAGAGUGAUGGAGUGCUGUAUCAGAUGACCACAAUCACCCACCCUAAACCCAAUUGAGAUGGUUUGGGAUGAGUUGGACCAAGGAGAGUGAUGGAGUGCUGUAUCAGAUGACCUGGCCUUCCCAAUCACCCAACCUCAACCCAAUUGAGAUGGUUUGGGAUGAGUUGGACUGCAGAGUGAAGGAAAAGCAGCCAACUAGUGCUCAGUAUAUGUGGGAACUCAAGACUGUUGGAAAAGCAUUCCAGGUGAAGCUGGUUGAGAGAAUGCCAAGAGUGUGCAAAGCUGUCAUCAAGGCAAAGGCUGGCUACUUUGAAGACGCUAAAAUAUAUUGGUUACUACAUGAUUCCAUAUGUGUUAUUUCAUAGUUCUGAUGUCUUCACUAUUAUUCCACAACGUAGAAAAUAGUUUUAAAAAAUUAAGAAAAACCCUUGAAUGAGUAUGUGUGUCCAAACUUUUGACUGGUACUGUAUAUUGGAUCCUUAAAGUUUUGGUGGGUUUGUAUCUAUAUUUGAUAAGAACAAGAGACAAUGUAUAUUACAGAACAUGCUAUGAAUCUGACACAUUUCAAUUAUACCCCAAUUAAACUAAUAAAAACAUUUUAUAAAAA